AUGGUGGUGGAGAUUUGGUUCAACCUCAAGAAUUUGGAGAAUUCCUCAUCUCAUUUGGGAUACUCCAUCCGUGAGAGCUUCAGAGUACAAGUAAAUUCAGGUAAUGCUACGGCGUUCUGGGAACAUGUUUGGUUGGGUGAGUUACCCUUGAAAGAAGAAUAUCCUAGACUGUUUUCAUUAUCUUCUCAAAAGGAGGAACUGAUCUGUAAUAUGAGGGGUGACGCUGCUGGUGGAUCUUGGGACCUUCUAUUUAGGAGAGGCUUGAUUGGGCGGGAGAAAGGAGAGAUGGUUAACCUAAGGCUGCGAUUGCAACAGGUGACAUUAAUCCAAUCGAAGCCCGAUGAGUUAUUGUGGCGGUGGACGGGGGAUGGUAAGUUCACUGUGAAAUCAGCGUAUGGCCCCUGGGAAUUGCUGUCCUAUUCAAGUAAUACUUUUCUGGGUUCUAUUUGGAAGAACUUAAGCCCUCCCAAGGUGGAAAUUUUUGCUUGGUUGGCUGUCAAGGAAAAAGCUACUACCGGAGUGGUGGAAUAUGAAAUGGGUGUGCCCGGUCUCCGUUCCGAAUUUAGCAAGUUGGUGGUUGCAAAUGGAUUUUCCAAUUUGGAGAAACAUAUUUGGGAAGCAUGCUUCUAUGCAACGUUUUGGUCCCUAUGGUUGGUGAGGAAUGAUUACAUCUUCAAUAACUCAGCAAAACAGGCCUGGGAAGUGGGAGAUGUAGUUAAAACUAUGGUCGCAAUGUGGAUGAAGGUCAAGUUCGACAUCAAGGUCUAUACGGUGGAAGAGUUUAAGGUCUUUCUGGAUGGUAUCCGAAAACUAAAAUUGUAA